CUGACUUCGCGUUUUCCCGACACGCGACGACCUCAACGCGUUCUACUAAUCGUCCACAUACCCAUCCAUCACACUAUUCAACACUUCACAAUCCAAAGAGCCAGGCUUCAAAUAUACAUACGGGACCAAAAUGCCCCCAGAACGCCAACCCGCCCAAAAGCGCAGACGACUACCAUUCAACCCACCAAGUCGCGCGUCAACCACCACCCCCGCCGCCACCGGCCCAUCCACAACCACAACCACCAAACCAAAGCCCAAGUCCAAGUCCAACAAGGAUCCCAAGACAUCAACAACGAUAAAAAAGAAAACCUCCAAGACCAACAGAAUCGCCUCCUCAUCAAAACCUGCUCCGCGCGCAUCAGCCUCUUCGCACAGGAAAUCCCCGACCCCAGUAUCCGAAAGCGCCACCACAGAGUCAGGACCAGACUCCCAACCACCCUCGGACUCUGGACCCCGCUCACGGUCUCGCUCACGCUCAGGAAGCCGCGCGCCCUCUUCCCCGUCCGAGGGAGAACCAGAUUACAUCCUUGCAGAGAUCACGCAUACAGACCAGACUGAGGACGUGGUCUCAAGCGAGCCGCUUAUCCCCCGGAAACUGUUGACGCGGCUGCUCCAUCACCAUUUUCGGAACGAGAAGACGAAGAUCGCAAAGGAUGCCAAUGCGGCUGUUGCCAAGUACAUUGAUGUUUAUGUGAGAGAGGCGGUGGCUAGAGCUGCUUAUGAGAGGGCGGAGGGGGGGACUGGGGCACCGGGGGUUGGAGAUGGGUUUUUGGAGGUAUGUUUUGCUUGCUUUGCUUUUUUUUUUCCCCUCUUUCCGUCUUUCUGGGGUAUGGGCGUGAGCUAAGCUUUUAUUGUGCGUGUGUGUGUAGGUUGAAGAUC